CUACAAGUUCACUUUUGCUGUUCGCCCGUUUCAGUCAAGCAGCUGCAGCUGAGACGAUCACAUGAAGGAGGCGAAGUCCUCAUCAGUAGAGUUGGUUCCCGUCAGCAACGACGUCUAUCAUCAAACGCAUCGUAGAGGGUCGUACGAAGGUGCAAUGGAGGAUAAAAUGUCUUCACUGCACGAAGGCAGGACAGUGGUGUGCACUCGUGGACGCGUUUGGCGCACGCUCGUGCGUCCGUGCGUGUGCGAGUUCUUUCUGACGAUGCUGUUCGUCGGAGCGUCGACAAUGGGCGGUGUGGUGGUCGGAGACAUAGUGCAAGUGGCCUUUCUGAAUGGAUUUACGAUAUACAGUCUUAUUAUGAUUGGUUUGGAUGUGAGUGGUGCCCAGAUGAAUCCAGCCGUGUCCUUUGGUUUAUUCUUGAGUGGUGCUCAAGCUUUCGAUGUCACAGUUGGCUAUUUCUUGUCUCAGCUCUUUGGAGCAACAGCAGGAGCAGGCAUAACCAGAGCUCUAGUGAGAAGUAACGCCACGUCGUUUCCUGACACAUUUGCCUUAGUGCUUCCCACCGUGGAAAACCAGAGUCAUUUCCAGUCUAUGUUAACAGAAGCGUAUCUUGAGUUUAUUCUCGUUUUACUGAUUUUGGUCACUAUUGUGGAGAAAGACGCCAAAGAUAUGUUUGGACCGCUCGUCGUUGGAAUUUGGGUCGGGACAGCCAUUUUAGCUGGAGGAAAACUGUCUGGCGGUUCAAUGAAUCCAGCACGUGCAUUUGGUGCUGCUCUUGCAUUUAAUAAUGGCUGGGGAGAAGUCUGGAUCUACUUUGGUGGAGGUUUUCUUGGUGCAACACUAGCAUCCUUAGCAUAUCGUUUCUUCUUUGCCAAAUGUGCAGUGAGAUUACCAUUUUUGGCUGCACUGGACCCAAGUUUAGAUGCAACAGUAUAAUGGUGAGAUUACAUAGAUGUUGUAUACUGAUACUGCUUGAAACACUGAUGGUUUAUCGUACUAUAUUUAUCUAUUGCUCUAUUGGAUCUUUUAGUAACUAGUCUGAUCAAACUGUUAAUGAAACCAAAGUUUAGUUAUUCUUGUCAACAAA